AUGAAAAUUUUAGGUCUUAUUUUAUGCUUACUUGCCUCCUUAGCUGCAGGUGGCGUCAUUGGGAUUGACUUUGGUUCUGAAAAUUUCAAAGUAAAAUCUACCUAGGUGUCCCUCAUUAAGUCAGGCAAAAAAUUUUCUAUCGUGGAAAACGAGCUCUCUAAAAGAUUCAUUCCAUCUGCAAUAUCCUUUACAGAUUCAGGCCGAGUUUUUGGUGAAAAUGCUAUAAAAGAGCAGCUAAAGAAGCCAAAUAGCACCAUAGUAUAUCCUAAGUUGCUUUUUGCAGUUCCUUUUAACAGUACCCCAACUCUUGAGUAUUUUUUGUCCUCAUAUCAGCAUCUAGAUCUUUUCGAAGACGAAGCCAGAAAAGGUGUAAACUACCGCAUCAAUGAUUUCACACUUUAUAGCGAAGAGCCAAUCGUAAUGAUCUUUGAGUAUAUAAAAAAGAUCUCUGAAAGCUUUGCAGAAAGCUCCAUUAGAGAUUGCACUAUCACAGUUCCUAGCUUCUGGACGCGAAACCAAAGACUUUCUAUGAUAUAUGCAGCUUAUGCAGCUGGACUGAAUGUACUUUCUGUUAUCAAUGAAAAUACUGCAGCUUCCCUAUACUACGCUAUUGACAGAAAUGAUGAAAAACCUUAUCAUGUAUUAUUUUACAAUCUUGGAGCUUCUUAUCUCCAAGUCUCAAUCGCUAGAUAUUUUUUCUCUAACUCGCUUUUCUGUGAGUGAACAAUAUCCAUUGAAAAAGUCUCUAUUUUUUGGAUAAAAACCCAACAUAAGCAAACAAAAAUUUUUUUAAUUAUAUAAUUUUAUGAAAAAAAUAUUUUGAUAUAUAAGUGCAGAUUAGUAUUGUUAAAUCUCGAGCUAGUUCUGUUGAAAUUUAAACAGCUUGCUUUUUAAAGCAUAAAUUUUGCAAAUUAAAUUAAUUUUUACUUUUUAAUUUAUACGGAUUGGGAUUUUUUUUAAAUUUACUAUAAAAUUUUUAUAUAUAAAUUUUUCAACGAAAAAAAUUAACCCACCUCCCUAAGAAAAACUAAAUUUUUGGUUCGCUCACGGAGUGGAAAAGGAGUAAAAAAGAUAAUAAGCCUAUAGAAACCGUGGAAAUUCUCUCACAUUCCGCUGACAGAUUUUUAGGUGGAAACUUAAUUGAUGGGUUUAUUACUGAAUCAUUAGCAGACGAAUAUGAAAAAGAAAGCGGUGUCAAGGUAAGAAAUUCAGAAAAAGCAAUGCUCAAGCUAUACCAGCAAGCUAGAGAAGCCAAAAAGAAAUUAAGUUCAGGGAUGACUGCUUCGCUAGUCGUAGAAAGUUUAAUUGAUGGUAAAACAUUGAAAGGGACAGUAAAUAGAGAAGCUAUUGACAAAAUUUUAGAGCCUUAUCAAGAAAGAUUUAUUGAGCCUGUGAGAAAAGCUUUAAAUGAUGCAGAGUUAAAAAUAGAAGAAAUUGAUAGCUUUGAAAUGAUAGGAGGGGCUAGCAGAAUUCCGAAUAUUCAAGACAUUUUGAAGAAAAACCUUAAAGUGGAACUCAGCUAUAACUUAAACCCUGAUGAAGCAAUUGCACAUGGCGCUGCUAUUUUUGCGGCAAAUUAUACGUCUACUAUGCAAGUCAAGCCAAUCAGAUUUUCUGAUUUAAUUCCUUUUGAUGUAGUCGCAAAAUUUUACUCAGAAGUCGAUAAAGAGUUUUAUAUGGAAAAAAAAAUAUAUUUACUCCCCCCCUCCGUGAGUGAACAAAACCAUUAGAAAAAUCGCCAUUUUUUGCCCAAAAACCCACCCUCCGUGAGUGAACAAUUUUUUUAAUACAAAAAUUUUGAUAUAUAAAUGAUAAUUAGUAUAAUGAAAUCUAGAGCUAAUUCUGUUUAAUUUUAAACGAAUUGCUAUUUAAAACAUAAAUUUUAUAAAUUAAAUUAAUAUUUGCUUUCCAAUUUUUGUGAAUUAAGAUUUUUUUUAAAUUUCGAAACAAAAAUAUUUUUUUUAUAAAAUUUAUAUAUAAAUUUUUUUAAAAAAAAAAAUUAACCCCCCUCCGUGAGUGAACAAAAUGUUUUUGUUCACUCACGGAGGGGGGGGGGGGGGAGUUAGCAAAAAAACGAGUUUGGGGUCAAUGGAGAAGCUUGCAUUUAUACAGAGUGAAGAUAUCAGAGUGGUUCUUGACGGUGCAUGAUAUUUAUAUAAUUUUUUUGAUAGUCAGACUGUUAUUCAGCCAAUUUUUUUCCUUCAUUAUGCAUUAGCUAAAAGUUUUAUUAUCAAAAUUUUUCAAAAAAAAUGCAAAGUAAAUAAUAUUUAGCCUUUCUUGAAGCUCAUUAUUCAAAUAAAGUAGUUGAAGUUACAAGUUAUCAUAUAGAUGUUGCUGAUGUUGCUAAAGCAGUCGGAAAAGAAAUAGCAUUAUUAUUUGGCUUUGUUGUCGAUCUAAAUGGGUUACCAUUUUUAUACGAAAGCUAUGCUCAAUAUGAUGGCGAAAAUAAGAAAACUGCAAAUGAUGGACAAGUUUUAGUUGAAAAAAAGAGUAUCAAGCUUAAUCAAACAGAAAUCGAGCUGGAGCUGCCAAAAGUACUGAAACUAGCUGAUGUAAAUCUGAUGAUUUCUCAUUUAGAAAUGUUCAGACAAAGAGAAAAAGAAGUCACAGACCUCAUCAAAGCUAAAAGUGAGCUAGAAAGCACACUAUAUCUCUAUAAAGAAAAACUAAAUGACCAAGCAUUUAUUAAUGUAACCACACAAGAAGAAAGAGAAAAAUUUUUAGGAUUAUUAACAAAAGCACACGAAUGGAUGGAAAAUAAAAAUUACGCCAAAGAAAAUUCCACUGAAAUUUUCCACUACUCUCACAACUUGCAUCAAGAAAUAUCUGGAGCUUUGGAGCGAGAAUCUGAGUAUAUUCUAUUUAUAUUAAAUUUAAUAUUUUUUAUUUAAUAUUUAAUAAAAAAAAUUAUAUUUAUUUAUAAUAAAUGGCUGUUUUUCCUAUUUAUUUUAUAUAAAUAUAUAAUAAACGAAAACCAGCAGCAGAAAUGCUUAUAUUAUCUAUAAGUAGGGAUAUAUUAAAUUAAGAAUAUUAAUAGAAAAGAAAUCAUUGAAAAAGCCUUUGGAGAAAUUGACAAAAUUGAAGAAAAAAUGAUCACAGUUAAAGUCACAAAUUUAUGGAUCUCAGAUGACGAGUUUAAAACUUGUUGGGAUAUGAUAGAAAACACCAAAGCUUGGCUUAAUGAAAAAAUUAAAGAGCAAAAAGCCAAAAACCUAUGGGAACCCCCUGCUUUUAAAGUAGCUGAAGUUAAAGAAAAACUUGAAAGGAUCGAAAAACAGCUAGAAAAACUCAUAAGUUUGAGCUUACAAAAACCAAAAGGGAUUUAUGACUUUUCACACACUGAAGACUCCCACAAAAAGCCAAACAAAGCUCCAAAACAAAACGAAAAAGACUAUAAAUCAGAUCUUUAG